CCCGGCCGGGGGCGCUUGCAGCCCCAGGGACCCACGGACCGGCAGACGUUGCUGCGGCUCCUGGUGGAGCUGGUCCAGGAGCUGAAGAAAUACCACUCCGGGGAGUCCAAGAGGCUGCAGGUCCUCAGCGAACCGGACUUUGCCCUGGGCCGCAGGGAGGCCUCAGACUAUGGGACAGACUCAGAGGAGCAGAGAGUGGAAAUUGUCCCUCGAGACCUGAGGAUGAAGGACAAGUUUCUGAAGCAUCUCACAGGUCCUCUCUAUUUCAGUCCUAAGUGCAGUAAGCACUUCCACAGACUUUACCACAACACCCGAGACUGCACCAUCCCGGCAUACUAUAAAAGAUGUGCCAGGCUUCUCACUCGGCUGGCCGUCAGCCCAAUGUGCAUGGAAGGAUAAGCUGGAAGGAGCCACACAGCAGGACCCUGAGCAGUGCCUUGGAGACCAGCCGGACAGCUCUCCACACCCACUCCAUGUGGACAGAGGUUUAUUUUUACAGACUCUUCCAAAAUUCCUUUGCAUUUUGUAAGCUGUUGACACUGUUUGCAGAUAUGUAUUCAGUAAAUCAGUGUACCUGAAGGAGAUCCUUGCCAUUAUAUCUUAAAAAACAAGAGAACACUUCACAUUUGAUGUGCAGUGUUAUGAGAGACUAUUUCAUUUUCCAGAUUAGAUGAAAUCACAAAAAAAUUACUUUAGAAACAUAGGCAGAAUCUUAAACUAUAUUUUCAUAGAGCAUAUAGUAUGAUUCGAUAUUUUGUAUUACUUUUACAAUUAAACUCCCAGAAUAUUAUUUGGACCUGCAUGAAAAAUUUAAAAAAAAAAAAGAGGUAAAUAAAAACUUCAGUCAUGUUUUGAAGACAGUGGAGUAUAAAUUUGUGAAUAUAUCCA